GAAUCUAUUGUAAUUGUGUGGUAACAGAUUUUUCAGUGGAGCGGAGGAGGGAAAGAAGCUAUUAUACGCUUGUCGUCUUUCUCUUCGUCGAUUUUGUCUUGUUUUCCAAGAAAGUAGUUCUAUUCCCAGGAUGGCAGAUUGAUGUCUUGUUGUAUUGAAUUGGAUUUGAUGAAGAUUUAAGUGUAUUAUAGUAUACAAAAGCAAAGCAAGGCCUCUCUCACUCUCUUUCUCUUGAGUGUCGUGAUAUUUUUGAUGGCACAAAUUACAGUGCAAGGGCGGAUUAAGCCUCUUGUGAAUGGCGAAGGAAUGGUGUGGGAUCCUAAAGAUCCCGGUUACCACCAGCACCACCACCUCCACAACCUUGUGAGAGGCAUCGCUCCUUCUCCCCCGGGAUUUCGUAAGCGCAAGCUCAGGAUCCAAGGUACUAAUUCCACCAAACUAUUUGCAUCGUCGUCAUCUGGCAGAAAAUCCCAACAUUCUAAUGUGGAGGCGAGCUUAACAGUUGGGAGUGAUGGAAUCCAUGACAACGAGUUCGAAGGAGGCGACGAACUCUCUUGCUUCAGAGGGUUGGUCCUGGACAUCUCUUACAGGCCUGUCAAUGUUGUCUGCUGGAAGCGUGCCAUUUGUUUGGAAUUCAUGGAAAAGGCUGAUGUUCUAGAAUACUAUGAUCAGACUGUAAACUCUCCCAGUGGAUCCUUCUACAUACCAGCUGUGCUAAGGGUCCCUCAUUUACUGCAAGUUGUCAAGAGAAGUAGAAUCAGAAACAGUCUAAGUCGUAAAAAUAUUUUUUACCGAGACAAUUUCACUUGUCAGUACUGUUCAUUGCGUGAAAAUUUGACCAUUGAUCAUGUUCUACCAAUGGCACGUGGUGGGGAAUGGAAGUGGGAAAAUCUGGUUACUGCCUGUUCCAAAUGCAAUUCAAAAAAGGGUCAGAAAACCUUAGAGGAAGCAAAUAUGAAGCUACUUAAGGUCCCUAAGGCCCCCAAAGACUAUGACAUACUUGCCAUACCACUGACAAGCACCGCUAUAAAGAUGUUGAGAUCAAGAAAGGGGACUCCAGAAGAGUGGCGCCAGUACCUAUGAAAGUCAUCUUCAGAGCCGUGAAGUCAAAUCUCUAUCCUGCACUUUGAUUUGCUUUGUCAUUGAUCGUGAAAGAACUUAUUGAUUUCAAUUUUGCAAUUUUCAGAAAGAUCUCCUGUAUGCUCCUAGAAGAUUUAAGAGAUCCAGUGGCAUAUGAGGUUCUGGAUACUCUGGUAAAUUAUGUUAGAGUCACAACUACUUAGGAUUUCCUUGAAAUGUAUCCUUCAUUGCCUUUUGCUGCCUCUCUCCCUCUCUGGGGUCACAAAUUGUGAUGUCAACUUAGUCUCUUGCCACGUUCUCUUUUCCCUGCACGGUCUUAUUAUAACCUUCAUUAAUAAGCAAAUUUCUCAUCUUUAUGCUGCAAUUAUUGAUCUUCA